AUGAACGAGAAACGGUUCCAGGAGGUGUUGGAGGAGGUGGCGUACCAGCGGGCCUUUUACCGUGAGCAGCGAGCUCAGCAGCUGGAGGAGGAACAGGAAAAGCAGGUGUGCGGGGUGGGGAAGCCCGGAGGAAGGGGAAGAUGGACGACGGCAGAGGUCAGGGGGGUCUCGCCCACCAGGAGCUUGACGCCCCCUUGCGGCCAGUCCGCGAGCUCGUCAUCGCACUCGCUUCGAAGGUCGAGCUUCCGCGAGACCGUCAAGGUAGUGAAGCGCAAGCUCAACAACGGAACCAUCAUCAUCAACAAGUACCGCAUCAUCUGCGAGCUCGGGAAAGGCUCGUACGGGUCGGUACACCUUUGCCGGGACGGGGAAACAGGCAUUGAGUACGCGAUGAAGGUCAUUGACAAGCGGAAGCGCGGCGGCAUGCGGUCGAGGCAGGGGCAGGGCGGCCAUCAGCACCUGGCCGAGACGCUGAGGCGCGAGGUGGCGGUGAUGAAGAAGCUGAGGCACCCGAACAUCGUGACCCUGUGGGAAGUUAUCGAUGACCCCAAGGCGCAGCAGCUCUACAUGAUCCAGGAGUAUGUCGCGGAUGGCCCGCUUCUUCCCGAGGGCGUCGUGGUUUCGCCCAUGGACACAGAGGAGGCUCGAGACAAGUUCGUCGGCUGCAUCCGUGGUCUCCACCACCUCCACCAGCACGGAGUGGUGCACGGCGACAUCAAGCCCCAAAACCUGCUCGUGGCCAAGGACGGGACUGUCAAGAUUGCCGACUUCGGCGCCGCCGUCAUGCUGCAGAGCCAGGCAAGUGCGGGGAACAACAACAACAUCGGUGUCUUCGUGUUGAUGGUGUUUUUUUCGAGGCUUUGGGUAGCGUCCCUGUCGGGCAAGUGGGGUAGCAGCAGCAUCGGUACCUCCUCAGCAAUUUCGUGUCGAUGCCCGGCCUGCGACGUGUGGGCGAUGGGCGUCACCCUCUACCAGAUGGUCUACGGCACCUUGCCCUUCUGGCCCCCCUCGGGCAAUCACUCCGAGCUCGAGAUCAUGGUCACCCACAGGGAGCUCUCCUUCCCUUCCCCCUCGUCCUCCUCUCCCUCAUCGGUGGCUGCCCUAGAGGGCGCGGGGGGCACCGGCAUCGGGGUCAGGGGUGGCGCCGCCGGUGCGGGCGUGGGGUGUGGGGGAGCCGGUGGUAGCGGCGGUGGUUUGGUGGCAGCGGAGGCCGCGACGGUGGCGGACGAGCCAGACUUGAAGAACGGGACGAGGACGCUGUCGUCCGGGGUCUUGACCAACCUCGUGGCUUACGACCCCAUGGUCGGCUACUUACGGGUGAGUUUUGAGGCUUCGGAGAAGUGUCGAAGUGUUGCGGGCGAAGCUUCCGAGACGAGGGAUGUGUUUGUUAGGAGUUUCGAGCGACACGUAUGCGUCCAGUAG